AUGACUAUUAAGAUUGCCACUAGGGGCGCUGCAGAGAAGAUCCUCGACAAGUACGACACAUACCUCUUUGAUUGUGAUGGAGUGAUUUGGAUUGGUAAUGAGCUGCUUCCAUCAGUUAAGGAAACACUCGAGUUAUUGCAGAGUAAGAAGAAGAAUUUGAUUUUUGUAUCCAACAAUUCCACAAAGGCCAGGGACCAGUACAUUGAGAAGCUGGCGGGACUUGGCAUCCAUGGGGUCGAGUUGGAACAAAUCAUCAAUUCGUGUUACUCAACAGCCAUUUAUAUUAACGAAGUUCUCCAAUUGGAUAAGGCCAAGAAGAUUUGGGUCUUAGGACAAGAGGGGAUCACUAAAGAAGUUGAGAAGUUUGGGUAUGAGACAGUCACGUUCAAGGAUUUAGAGGCAAAGUUCCAAGAGGAAGAGUUGACAGUUGACAAUAUCCAAUCGCUAAUUGACCCACAAGUUGGAUGCGUCAUUGUUGGUUUGGAUUUCCAGGUCACUUAUCUCAAAAUCGCCAUCACGCAACAGUACCUCUUUGACAGGAAGAUCCCCUUUAUUGCGACAAACAUCGAUUCGACUUUCCCCUUUGGCAAGACCAAGUUGCCCGGUGCUGGGUCUAUAGUUGAAGUUGCCUCCUUUUGUAGUGGCCGUGAGCCAGAUGCCAUUUGUGGCAAACCACAGAGCGGAAUGAUGGAUUCGAUUUUAAGCCAUCAUUCCCUGAACAAGGAAACCACCAUAAUGGUCGGUGAUCGAUUGAAUACAGAUAUGAAGUUUGGAAGUGUCAAUGGCAUUGAUACGUUGUUGGUUUUAACAGGCAUUGAAGUUGAAGAGAGUGUUGCCAAUGGCCAUUCUGAUGUCACAUAUUAUGCCGACAAGUUAGGCGAUUUGUACGAUUUGACCAAAUAG